CUGGGACGGGAGGGGAGACGAGGGAGGGACUGGAGACUAUAGGACCACCUUGGUGACGGACACAUUUUGGGUUGUUUUUGUUGUUGCCUGUGACGGGGUUAGACCAGGACAACGUUCAGGUUUGGGAGACAAGACAGGUGGUGCCAUGGCGUCGUUGGACAAGACCGGCUGGAGUGUGCCAAGACUGCUAGUUGCACUGCUGCUGGGUGUACUUCGGGUGAAUGGGUUGGAGGUGUCGACCGGAAAAGUGUCAACAGUCGAAGCGAUGAACGGCUCCACGGUGCUGAUACUAUGCACAUACAACUCCUGCAUUGGCAUUAGAGACCUCUUCUUCACCUGGCACUUCAACGGGACCGUCAAACUCUGUGAAGGGAGGAUUCCUAAAGAGGGUGUGGAACCCAAGGUGAAAGUGGAGCACAAGCGAGUAGAAUUUGUGGGCUCUACAAAAAGCAAAAAUAUCUCCAUCCUGCUGUGGAACAUCACCUUCGACGAUGACGGGGAGUACACCUGUUUUGCCAAAAAUCCUAAAGAGAAGGGCCGCAACCACAGCGCCGUAUUCACUCUCAAAGUGGUAAACGAAAUGCAAGAGGUCGACAAUACUUUGACAACGAUUAUCGUCGCCGUGUUGGGCGGAGUCAUCGGCUUAGCUAUCCUCGCCAUGGUGAUAAAGGCCCUGGUGGUUCACUUCCUGCUGAAGGGCGACGAGAAGAAUAAAGAGUGCCUGGUUAACGCCUCAGGGAACGACAACACAGAAAAUGGACUUACAGGAGCCAAAGCUGACAACAAAGGAACACCAAAGGCGUGACACGGAAUGAGCGAACGCUGGAUUCGUACAGGGAAGCAUAUUUGGCACGAUUAUAACAGGUUUGUGAAUCGAAAAAAAAGUUCGGAAAUGGAGGUUGCACUGUACAUUGAAUACAUAUCUAUAUUCUAUAUCCAAAUAAGACACUAUUGACCUCUCACUUUCACUCAUUAAAGGCCAAAUUAACACAUGCUAUUAUAACAUACUGUGCAGUAUCUUCAAAACAUUUUCUGUUGUUGCAGAACGCGUCCUCUAGGUACAAUGCGAGUACUAGAGUAGUCAGUGUACAGCUUGUAUAGCAGUAUAGAUGUACUACGGCCAAAGCAAACGACUCAACGGACAAUAUUGUCCCAAUAGCAGACGACACGGUAUAAUAUACUGUACAGCAUAUCCAUGCCUUGUUUACAUUCGCCUAAUAAUAACAAUAAUACUGAAUGAUGUCAUGUGUGACACAAAAAAGUGAAUGUGCAAACUAGAGAAAGAACUUUUUGAAUAUGUGUUUUCCUUACGCAUUUUGACCUGUCUUGACUGUCAUGGUUGCCUGUUGUUUACAUGCGUUGCUGCAGUACAGUGCUGAUUACAGUGUGCACCACUACUGCCACCAAGCGGUCACACUCAUAUUGAAAUGCAUUUUGGUCUCAGUUCAAUUAGUUACAAAAUAAAAUGUUCACAGUGAACAAAAAAAAAAAAAAAAAAAAAAAAAAAAAAUUACAUGCACCGGACUAUAAUAUAAGGGAUGUUUCAUUUGUUAUUAUCCGUGCCACGUGGGUGUUUUAUCAACAUUUUGAUUCAAAUUAAGCCAGAAUAGUAUUAAUAAUGUCAGAAUGGGGCUGACUACUAUAUUGUCUUUAAACUGCCGCAGCAGCUGGAACUCAUACUGCCAGUCCAGGAGUCUCAUGUCUGCCUAACAACAUAUUUUAAC